GUGUGACAUAAAUCUGACCUUGAAACCAAGAUCAUCAGGCCAUUCGAUAGUGCUUUAUCACCGUUAGAAACGCGUGCUCGCGGUACCUAUUUUGUUAAAAAUGGGAAAAAAGUUAACAGCAAAAAUUGGACCUUCCAUUUUGAACGCCGAUUUGGCACAACUUUCGGAUGAAUCGCAACAAUUACUUAACAAUGGAGCCGAUUAUUUGCAUUUAGAUGUUAUGGAUGGACAUUUCGUACCUAACCUUACAUUUGGCCACCCGUUAGUAAAAUGUCUUCGCAGCAAAGUAAAAGAUGCCUUUCUUGAAACACACAUGAUGGUUUCUAAACCAGAACAGUGGAUAGAACCUAUGGCUGAUGCUGGUGUUAAUCAAUAUACCUUUCAUGUUGAACCUGUAAAGGAUGUUCCGCUACUUUGUAGAAAAGUAAAAGAAGCAGGGAUGAUGGUUGGGGUAGCACUUAAACCUGGUACACCAGUGAAUGUAGUUGCAGAUUAUGUUGAUCUAGCAGAUAUGGUAUUAGUUAUGACGGUAGAACCGGGAUUUGGUGGGCAAAAGUUCAUGGAAUCAAUGAUGGAAAAAGUAACAUGGUUAAGAAAAAAUUAUCCUACGCUAGAUAUAGAAGUAGAUGGUGGUGUUGGACCAGCUACGAUUGAUACAUGUGCAAAAGCUGGUGCAAAUAUGAUUGUUUCUGGAACAGCAGUCAUAGGUUCUUCUGACCAAGCAAAAGUUAUAAAAACAUUAAGGGAUAAAGUAAAUUGCGCGCUACAAAGUAGCUGAAAGUAGGAAAGAAAAUAACUUGUAUAAAAUGUCAAGUCAGUUGUGUAUAUAUUAUAAAUUUUGGGAAUAUUUUGUAACUUUGUAUACAAUGUUUACAAAAAAAAAAAAAGAAAGAAAAAUA